GGGUUUAGUCUUGGUGUGAAACAUUGUAUGACUUUGAUACUAUGUCAAAGCAUCCAACCCAAAACCAAUUGAUAAUGCUGGAAAUGUCCACUUGUCUCAUAUACAAGUUUGGAAUGUGAUGUUUUAUCGACACGGGACGAGCUCCAACACUCAAUAAAUUUAAGAGUAAGAGAACAAAUUCAGAGAAUACCAAUUGCACUAUGUGACAAACAAAGGUGGAAUGAAUUAUCAAAUCGAUCACACUAAGUCUUGGUCAAUACCUCUCAAAUCCUAGAUACCAUGAAAUCUUAUAUCAAGAGACAAUAUAUAAAACCCUAUAACAAUAGCAAGACGAGACUAUAUGUACUGGUAAAUAAGUAUAAAUACAUAUAAAUACACACAAGUUAACAGAGGACGAAAGAAAAUUUUGGGGUGGAGUACUUUAAAGUAAAUGGAAGGACCUUGAAAUCAGUUAAGUUGGUUAAAGAUAUGGUGACCCGUUGGAACAUUGAUUAAUAUUGUGUCAGUUUUUAUAAUUAUUCAUUAGAGCGCGAUAAUAUACUGUUGAAUUUUGUAGUACCAGGGUUGGCACUGCCAUUGUGGUUCUCAUGUAAUAUAUCUAGUUCCUACAAUAUCUUGGACCGAUAAGUAUCUAGCUCCUCUAAUAUCUUGUUGAAUUUUGUAGCGCAGGGUUAGUGGUGCCUAUUAGCAUGAUCAUGUAAAAUUAGGAUGUUUUUGAAGCUUUUAAUUUGUGUACACCGACUUGAUGUAUAGGAGCCCUAGUGAUAACAUUUCACAAAGUUUUUUGAUCUUAAAAAGAAUGAUUGUGAACCUUCUUUAGUGUGUUGUGACUUAAAUCAAGAUAUUUAGCUAUCAUAUAUAGUAGCAUCUUGCAGCAAGUAAAUGCUGGCCUUUUAGUUUCAUGAAAUGUUAGUUUUUGAUUACCGUUCCAAACCAUCUUGUUAUCAUUGAGCCUUCUGCAUUCUAUAUUGCCUUGCGUCACUAAAGGAUACUCUCACUUCUACAACUUGGAUCAUUGGGGCAUAACUUGGUGUAGCCUGACAAUUAAAUUCCAACUUUCUGUAUCCUUAUGUUGGUUGCCUUGUGGAUAUAUGUUCUGCAAACCAAAACCAACGUUGAGGCACAUUGAGCAAUGCAACUGGGAAAUAUUCUUUUAGCCAUACAAUUUAUAGAAGAAGCAUCUUGUGCUGAAGGAACUAAAAGGGAAUGUGGCCAUAUAGUAUAUCUUAGUUUAUAGUUAUUUCAGGAAAAACGGUCUUUCACACUCAAUUUGUUUGUUUCUUUUCUUUUCUAUUCUUUUUUUCCCUCAUUCUUUAUACUCAAAGUUGAUUUUAACUUUUAUUGGCAUUUCUGUUUACAGGAAGAGGCUUUUCCAGAUGAUCAAUGAUCUCCCAACCGUAUUUGAACUUGUGACCGGAAAUGUAAAGCAGUCAAAGGACCAGUCUGCCACACACAACAACAGCAACAAAAGCAAAUCAAGUGCGAAAACGUCUCGACAACCUGACUCCCAGCCGAAGGCAGUAAAGAUGCCUCCUCCACCAAAAGAAGAGGAUGAGAAUGGUGAGGAGGAGGAAGAAGAUGAUGAACAGGGAGCAACACUAUGUGGAGCUUGCGGAGAUAACUAUGGGACUGAUGAAUUCUGGAUUUGCUGUGAUGUGUGUGAGAGAUGGUUCCAUGGAAAAUGUGUAAAGAUUACACCUGCCAAGGCUGAGCAUAUCAAGCAGUACAAGUGCCCUGGUUGCAGUAGCAAGAGGGCUAGAGUUUAA